AGGCUGCUGGAGGGGGCGGCGGCUGCUGCUGGCUUGGAGAAAGUUGCCCCUUAUGCAGAUGGCAACUGAGGUAAAAUGCACACUUGCUGCCCCCCAGUAACUUUGGAACAGGACCUUCACAGAAAAAUGCAUAGCUGGAUGCUGCAGACUCUAGCGUUUGCUCUAACAUCUCUCGUCCUUUCGUGUGCAGAAACCAUCGAUUAUUAUGGGGAAAUCUGUGACAAUGCAUGUCCUUGUGAGGAAAAGGACGGCAUUUUAACUGUGAGCUGUGAAAACCGGGGUAUCAUCAGCCUCUCUGAAAUUAGCCCUCCCCGUUUCCCAAUCUACCACCUCUUGUUGUCUGGAAACCUUCUGAACCGUCUUUAUCCCAAUGAGUUUGUCAAUUACACUGGGGCUUCAAUUUUGCAUCUGGGUAGCAACGUGAUCCAGGACAUUGAGACUGGGGCUUUCCAUGGGCUGCGGGGUUUAAGGAGAUUGCAUCUGAACAAUAAUAAACUGGAACUUCUGCGUGAUGAUACCUUCCUUGGCCUGGAGAGCCUGGAGUACCUACAGGUCGAUUACAAUUACAUCAGUGUCAUUGAACCCAAUGCUUUUGGGAAACUGCAUUUAUUGCAGGUGCUUAUCCUCAAUGACAAUCUCCUGUCCAGUUUACCCAACAACCUUUUCCGUUUUGUGCCCUUAACGCACUUGGACCUGCGAGGGAACCGGCUGAAACUUCUGCCCUAUGUGGGGCUGUUGCAGCACAUGGAUAAAGUUGUGGAGUUACAGCUGGAAGAAAACCCCUGGAAUUGCUCCUGUGAGUUGAUCUCUCUCAAGGAUUGGUUGGACAGCAUCUCCUACUCUGCCCUGGUGGGGGAUGUGGUUUGUGAGACCCCCUUCCGCUUACAUGGCAGAGAUCUGGAUGAGGUGUCCAAGCAGGAACUUUGCCCAAGGAAACUUAUUUCAGAUUAUGAGAUGAGGCCACAGACGCCUUUGAGCACCACGGGGUAUUUACACACUACCCCAGCCUCAGUGAAUUCAGUGGCCACUUCUUCCUCUGCUGUUUACAAACCCCCCUUAAAGCCCCCUAAGGGGACCCGCCAACCCAACAAGCCCAGAGUGCGCCCCACCUCUCGGCAGCCCUCCAAGGACUUGGGCUACGGCAACUAUGGCCCCAGCAUCGCCUACCAGACCAAAUCUCCGGUGCCUUUGGAGUGUCCCACAGCGUGCACUUGCAACCUACAAAUCUCGGAUCUGGGCCUCAACGUCAACUGCCAGGAGCGCAAAAUCGAGAGCAUCGCAGAACUGCAGCCCAAGCCCUACAACCCCAAAAAAAUGUAUCUGACAGAGAAUUACAUUGCGGUUGUGCGCAGGAGCGACUUCCUGGAGGCCACGGGGCUGGACCUCCUACACCUGGGCAACAACCGCAUCUCAAUGAUCCAGGACCGCGCCUUCGGGGAUCUCACCAACCUGAGGCGCCUCUACCUAAAUGGCAACAGGAUAGAGAGGCUGAGCCCAGAGUUGUUCUAUGGCCUGCAAAGCCUGCAGUAUCUCUUCCUCCAGUACAAUCUCAUACGUGAGAUUCAAUCUGGGACUUUCGAUCCGGUCCCAAACCUCCAGCUGCUAUUCCUGAAUAACAACCUCCUGCAGACCAUGCCCUCAGGGGUCUUCUCUGGCCUGACCCUUCUCAGGCUGAACCUAAGGAGUAACCAUUUCACCUCCUUGCCCGUGAGUGGAGUUCUGGACCAGCUGAAGUCACUCAUCCAAAUCGACCUGCAUGACAACCCUUGGGAUUGUACCUGCGACGUGGUGGGCAUGAAGCUGUGGGUCGAGCAGCUCAAAGUGGGUGUCUUGGUGGACGAGGUCAUCUGCAAGGCGCCCAAGAAGUUUGCGGAGACGGAUAUGCGCUCUAUUAAGUCGGAGCUGCUGUGCCCAGACUACUCUGACGUGGUGGUUUCCACGCCCACGCCCUCCUCCAUCCAAGUCCCAGCGAGGACCAGCGCGGUGACCCCCGCGGUCCGGUUGAACAGCACCGGGGCCCCCGCAGGCUUGGGCGCGGGCGGAGGGGCGUCGUCGGUGCCCUUGUCCGUGUUGAUUCUCAGCCUGCUGCUGGUUUUUAUCAUGUCCGUCUUUGUGGCCGCGGGGCUCUUCGUGCUGGUUAUGAAGCGCAGGAAGAAGAACCAGAGCGACCACACCAGCACCAACAAUUCCGACGUGAGCUCCUUCAACAUGCAGUACAGCGUGUACAGCGGCGGCGGCGGUGCGGGAGGCCACCCGCACGCGCACGUGCACCACCGCGGGCCCGCGCUGCCCAAGGUGAAGACGCCCGCGGGCCACGUGUAUGAGUACAUCCCCCACCCACUGGGCCACAUGUGCAAAAACCCCAUCUACCGCUCUCGAGAGGGCAACUCCGUGGAGGAUUACAAAGACCUGCACGAGCUCAAGGUCACCUACAGCAGCAACCACCACCUCCAGCAACAGCCGCCGCCGCCGCCGCCGCCGCCGCAGCAGCCUCAGCAGCAGCCCCCGCCGCAGUUGCAGCUGCAGCCGGGGGAGGAGGAGAGGCGGGAAAGCCACCACUUGCGGAGUCCCGCCUAUAGCGUCAGCACCAUCGAGCCCCGGGAGGACCUACUGUCGCCGGUGCAGGACGCCGACCGCUUUUACAGGGGCAUUUUAGAACCAGACAAACACUGCUCCACCACCCCCGCCGGCAAUAGCCUCCCGGAAUAUCCCAAAUUUCCGUGCAGCCCCGCUGCUUACACUUUCUCCCCCAACUAUGACCUGAGACGCCCCCAUCAGUAUUUGCACCCGGGGGCCGGGGACAGCAGGCUGCGGGAACCGGUGCUCUACAGCCCCCCCAGUGCUGUCUUUGUAGAACCCAACCGGAACGAGUAUCUGGAGUUAAAAGCAAAACUAAACGUUGAGCCGGACUACCUCGAAGUGCUGGAAAAACAGACCACAUUUAGCCAGUUCUAAAAGCAGAGAAACUCCCUGGGAGCUUUUGCAUUUAAAACAAACAAGCAAGCAGACACACACGGUGAACACAUUUGAUUAAUUGUGUUGUUUCAACGUUUAGGGUGAAGUGCCUUGGCACGAGAUUCUCAGCUUCGGCGGAAGAUACUGAAAGGGUGUGCAACUUCCUUUUAAUUUUUACACGUGGGGAAAACAUUUGUGUAAACUGGGCACAUCACUUUCUCUUCUUGCGUGUGGGGGAGGAGAGGAGAAGGGUUUAUGGAGGGCAGUUUGCUGCGCAGGUGACUUGUUAAAGGUCGCAGUUAUUUUUGUAGUGGUUGGAAGCGCUAAGAAGGGUGGAAGAUGGCAGCGCAUAGAUUCUACUUUUCCUCUUUUGUUCCCUUUCCCUCCUCUCCUCCCCCUCCCCUUUAAGCCAUGGGUGGGUCUAAAUGGCUUUUGUGGAGAGAUUAGCACACCCCAACUUUAAUAGAAAGUUUGUUCUCUCUCCCUUUUCCUCCCCGCCCCCCAAGUCUCUCUCUCUGCC